AUAGUUUUUUAGAGAGAGUAUGUUUUAAGUUAUUCGUCUUUUUAUUUGAAAUUUCGUCUAAUUUUCCUAUCCGGCUCUCUAUAAAAGGAACAUGUUCCAACUACACCACACAUUACUAUAAGACCGUUAACAUUUGUCAUCUUGAAAAUAAUAUCACUCCGUUGACAUAACUGUAAACUGUUCAUAUAAACAUCCAGAUACCGUUUCUGAUAACGUGGUGGAGUUGCAGAUCGAAGCGUUUGUCGGUUCCAGUAUACCAGCAUAAGUCGAUUAAGUAAGAUACACACAAAUUUCUGGCAAGUGAAAGGCAUACAUCUUCCUUUUACCUUCUUCCGCAAUUUCCUGCUGCUGCAAAUCUGCAGUUCCUCCUAUAAAGACAAGACGCAAGCUAAAGGAUUUCACUAACAAAAUUCCUAAUUUCAUCAAUUCAAACUUCAAAGUGUCCAGAGAGAUGGUUACUAAAAACGCUUAUGAGGUACCUCUACAAUCAGCAUUUGUGGGGUUACAGAAAGCAGUAGCUUCACAAAUAAAAAGGACUGCCAAAUUUAGAACUCUACUCAAGCGCAUUGAUAAAACCUUGAGGACCAUUGAGUCACUUUUGUAUGCAAAUGGGAGAUUGGCCAGAGUGCUGGACCGCCCCGAAAAAGAGACCAAAAUGUUCAUAUUUUACCUGGAGAAUGGUAAAGAAACAGUCCUCAAGUGCUCAAAGAUCAAGUGUUGGAAUGUGUACAAGAAGUUUGUUCACGCGAAUAAGCUUAUUCGCUUGGAUCAUGAGCUAUUGAGGUUCUUUCAGGCUGAAUUACAGGAUAACCUGAGUGUUAAAUUCAGGGGUAUUGAUUUGGGAGGCCAAGUAGUUUCAUCCGUUACUAAACGGGCAGGUGGUUUUUCAAGUUCUUGUAAAGUUCCGGGGCUUCCGGAUGUCAUUGUUGGUUUGGAUUCUCAUUUUAAAGAAGUGAAACGCGUGCUGCUUAAAGAUGACAAUCAGGUGGUCAUAGUUUCGGCUCCUGGAGGCUGCGGGAAGACUACAUUGGCGAGAAUGCUUUGUCAUGAUGAUGAGAUUAAAGGUAUAUUUCGGGACAAUAUCUUCUAUGUUACUGUUUCUAGAACUACUUCCCUCAAAACCGUUGUCCAGAAACUAUUUACACAUCAUCUUCAUUUAAACGAUUGUGAGUUCCAGACUGACGAGGAGGCAAAGAACGAACUAGAGAACAUGAUCAGGCAAAUGGGGCCACAGAGGACAUUGCUGGUCCUGGAUGACGUGUGGUCCGAAUCUGAAUCGCUUAUUCAAGAUCUUAAAUUUCUGAUACCAGGAUACACUAUCUUGGUCACUUCCAGGUUCCGGUUUUCAAGCAUUGGUUCCACAUACGAAUUGAGCUUGUUAAAUGAUGAAGAUGCAAGAACCCUUCUUUGCCAUUCAGCAUUUCCCUGUGAGGGGAAUCGGAUUAAUGUGCCAGAUGAUCUUGUGAGCAAGAUGGUUAAGUGCUGCAAGGGAUUUCCAUUGGCCCUCACGGUGAUUGGUGCAUCAUUACGAGAUCAAAGUUUGCUCAAAUGGAAAAAAACUUUACAAAAGUUGUCCGAAGGUCAAUCUAUUUUUGAUUUAAAUAGUUUGUUAUUGCUAAGUCUUCGGGCCAGUGUUGAUGCACUUGAAGAUUUGCCAAUAGCCUGCGAUUGUUUUCUUGAUUUGGGUUCAUUUCCGGAAGAUGAAAAGAUUUCCGCGUCUGCUCUAAUGGAUAUGUGGGUUGUGUUAUACAACCUAGACAAAGAAGGAAUGUAUACUAUUGAAUACCUGCUAGAGCUUUCUUCAAGAAAUCUUUUGAGCCUUGUUCUCGCAAGGAAAGAUGCUAGUGAACUAGAAGGUUACUGUAACGAGCAUCAUGUCACGCAACAUGACUUGCUAAGAGAAUUAGCCAUUCAUCUAAGUAGCCAAGAGCCAAUAGCUCAACGAAAAAGAUUGUUGAUAGAAAUUCAUGGGAAUGACAUACCUGCAUGGUGGAUUGACCAGACACAACAACCAAUUGAUACCCGUCUCAUGUCUAUUUCAACAGAUGAGACAUUUUCUUCAGUUUGGUAUGAUCUAAAAGCACCAAAAGUUCAAGCUUUGGUAUUGAACAUCAGAAGUAAAAUAUACGCGUUGCCUCACUUCAUUAAAGAUUUCAAUGACUUGAGGGUUUUAAACAUCACAAGCUACGGGAUUUAUCCUACCGAGUUACACGAGCUUCCGUUGAUUAGUUCUCUUCCCAACUUGAGAAGAUUGAGACUCGAACAUCUCUCACUUUUUCCCUCAAUUCAGUCCAUCUUUAAACUGAACAACUUGGAGAAGCUUUCUAUGAUAAUGUGUGAGAUUGGUAGUGCAUUAGAGAGUUGUACUGUUGAGCCUCCUAUGCUACCUAAUCUCGUUGAGCUUGAGAUUGAAAGCUGUUAUGAUUUGAAAGAAGUACCACCAGAACUAUGUAGUCUUGAUCGUCUUACGAAACUUAGCAUAACUAAUUGUCAUGAGCUCGUUGCUCUUCCUGAAGGGUUCGGGAGUCUGUCGAAUUUGGAAAUACUGAGACUCCAUUCUUGUACCCGAUUAUCCAAAUUACCCGAUUCUAUUGGGAGGCUACAUAAUUUGGUCUUUCUGGAUAUAUCUGAUUGUUUGAGUAUCAGCUCGCUGCCUGAUCAGAUUGGCGAGCUAAAUGGGUUGAGAGUGCUUAAGAUGAGUGGUUGUCAUGGAUUAGAAGAGUUACCGGAUUCUGUGACCAAUUUGACUUUGUUAGAAGAUGUGAUAUGUGACGAAGAGACAUCGUAUCUAUGGAGUUAUUAUGAAGGUGAUCUAUGUGAUUUGAAGAUAAAUGUUGUCGAAGAAGACAGACUCGCAAACUUCAUGAAAAUAGUUGGUUAGUUGUUCUAGUGGCAGAGGGCUGUUAGUAUAGUUAGUUACGAUAAAUAAGUUUGUUAAUAUAUAUAGGCAGGUUAGUUAGGUCAGUUAGUUAAUCUGUUUCAUUGUAUGUAUAUAAGCUGUGUAAUGAAUAAAGUCAAACAAGUAUUAUCGUAAUUCCUCUUUUACGAACAAGAUGGUAUGAGAGCGAUUCUAAACUCCGAUCAUCCUCUUCAAUCAUUCAAGCUCCGAUCAUCUUCGAAUCAUCAUCAUCUUCUUUCUGAUUUGUGAUAGAUGAUCAAUUUUCUGUUCCGAUUAGACGUUUCUUUCCGAUCAAUUUUUCAAUUUCAUUUCUCAAAACACAGCUAAUCAUGUCUGAUUCAAGUGCCAACACCAAUUCAUCUAAUAAUAUGCCGAUUGAUUCAUCAAGUCCUCUCUAUUUGCAUCCUUCUGAUCACCCUGGGAUGAUUCUUGUAACCAAAUCGUUUGAUGGAUCUGGAUUUGGAGCAUAGAAGCGUGUGAUUACAAUCGCUUUAUCAGCAAAGAACAAAUUAGGGUUUAUAGAUGGAACUUUUUCCAGACCUGCAAAUUCUUCUCUUGCGUUGUGGCAACGAUGCGAUGAUAUCUCCUGGAUUCUUAAUACCUUAUCCAGAGAAAUCAGUGAAAGCGUUUUAUACACUGAAACGGCACAAAGACUUUGGACCGAACUCAAUGAUAGAUACGGUCAAGCUAAUGGUGCGAAAUUGUAUCAGUUGCAGAAGAAUUUAUGUCACAUCUCUCAAGGUACGAAUGAUAUUGCUACUUAUUUUACUAAAAUCAAGUCAAACUGGGACGAGUUAAAUGCUUUGAUAUUACUUCCUCAAUGUUCUUGCGGUGCAUCUCCCCUUCUCGCUAAACGAGAAGAGGAUCAAAGAUUAGUCCAAUUUCUUAUGGGACUUAACCCUAGUUAUGAUAAUGUGAGAGGAAAUACCGAAAUAUGCUGAUGAUGAAACCACUUCCAUCAAUUAAUCAAGCGUAUACACAUCUCAUUCAAGAUGAGAAACAAAGGGAAAUUCAUUCAAAUAAUCCAGUUGUCUCUGAAUCUGCUACCAUGAAUGUUUCGAAUCAAGCUUUUAAUGGAAGAUUUGAUAACAAGAAAUCUUUUGUAUGUUCACACAGCAAGAAGACUGGACACACUGCAAGCAAGUGUUAUCGUCUUGUUGGGUUUCCUAAAGACUUCAAAUUCACAAAGACUAAAAGAUUUGCCGGGAAUGUGUCAACUGAUGAGAAAGGAAAUAAUGACCAGUUCAUUGAGUUUCACAGUCACCUGCUGGUAUAUCUCAAGACCAGUACAAUGGACUGAUGCAACUUUUGCAGAAAGUAUGUUUGAGAAAGGAAGCAAUGACAACAAUCCUUUUACUAUCACAAACAUCAGUCAUGCCAAUUUCGCAGGUAUUAUGGCUUGUUCUUCUACAUCUUUAGGAACAAAAUGGAUCAUUGAUGCUGGUGCGAGCGACCAUAUGUGUUAUGAUGAACAUAUUUUGUCAGAUAUUCAAUAGCUUUCCAGAAAAAUGGGAAAAGAGAGCUUCUAACAAAGAUUGGUCGCCAGAAAACCAUAACAUCACAGUCUUGCGCAAACGGUGAGCCAGUGGCGUAGAUGGUCCGACUAGUUCCGGUGAUGAUCUUAGAUCCAGCUCAAGCUCUUCGCUGGAUUCAAAGAAUCCUGGCUCGGUUGACACUUGAACCUUGGAAGACUUGUCAGUGAAAAUGAGAAACUUAAACAAGAGAAACAUACAUUGAAGUCAGGAGUUGAAUAUAUGAAGAAACAGUGUGAUGAUGUGGUGGCAUUGCUGACACAAAACAUGAAGGUGGCGCAUGAUCAGAUCAAUCACAUCAUGGCGGGAAAUGGUUUUAAGUUGUUUGGGGUGUUGUUGAAAGAAGGAAAGAAAAAGAGGGGUUGUGAUGAAAUAUACAGACAUUCAGGAGCCAAAAGGAAAGAAAUGAAUAUGAACAAUUUCAACACCUCUUCCCCAGGGAUGAAUCUGUAUGCUGCAACCGGGCAGUCAACAACCGUGUGCAAUUAACGAAUAAAAACUCGUCACAUUUCUUCUCGGUUCACUCUAUCAGGAACUUAGUUUAUAAAUAAUCUUUGCCUUUGGAGGAUCAACCUACAAAGUGGAAUUCCCUUGUGCCAUGAAAAAUUUUUAGUUUGCUUGACAAUACUCGGGAGAAGCCCCAACUCCUAGUCCUUGUACACCCUCUGAUUAUGCAUACGAGUGGGCUGGUUGGGUUGGGUUGGGCAGGUUCAUGCGAAAUUAGGUUCGGGUCAAAAUGGGCUGAAUCAGAGUGGAUUCACCCACCAUAUCUGUUUCCAUGGCGGCUAAGGGAGACGGCGGUGGCGGCAACAGAGGAUGCAGGGCCGGCUGUGGAGGAUGCGGGGACGGCGGUGGAGGAUACAGCGUCGGUGUAAGAGGAUGCAGUGUCGGUGUCAGAAGAUGCAGCAAAGGCAGCAACGAAAGAUGCGCAGGAUGGGGCAUCAGCAGUGGGCGGUGACAGGUAAAGUUGCAGUGGCCCAUGUGGACCCAUUCAAAUUUAGCUAGUUUUAUAAGAGCAAUCCAUUUUGACUCAUUAUAUUAAUUUGAGUAGAAUCAAAUGAA